UCUGGUGAAGCCCCACACGCGAUUGCCGUAUUUCCCAUGGACACUGGAAGGCACCAGCAGCCUGGUAUUGGGAAAACGGGGAGCGGAGAUGGAGCUGGAGGUGGGAGGGGCCUGCCACGGCUGACGUCACCGGCUGUGUGGAGGAGUAUAGGCUGUGCUGUCAGCCCAGUGUCAGUCUGAUGAAGAUUGGCAUGCAGGCUUUGUGUGGAGAGUUGGAUACCGGGCCAAGGAGCAGAGAACAACACUGAAAGCUCCUGCGUUGCUGUGGGCAAGCUAACUUCUCAAUGUGAAGCUGUCCCAUGAUGCAACAUGUGUCCCCAGCACCUGCAGUGACAAUGAUGGCCACCCAGAGCGUUCCUCCACCAUCGUACCAGGAGAGCCAACAGAUGACGGGCACAACUCAGCAGAACACCAAGACCCCACAGGUCCAUAUCCCAGCAGCCUCUGCAGCAGGAAAUACCUCUGUCAGUGUGACCCUUGACCCCCAGGCCCAGCUUGAGUCUGACAAGAGGGCCGUUUACAGACAUCCGUUGUUCCCCCUGCUGGCGUUGUUGUUUGAGAAAUGUGAGCAGGCCACACAGGGAUCUGAAUGCAUCACGUCAGCCAGCUUUGAUGUGGACAUUGAAAACUUUGUGCACCAGCAGGAGCGAGAACACAAGCCCUUCUUCAGUGAGGAUCCAGAGCUGGAUAACUUGAUGGUAAAGGCCAUUCAGGUGUUGCGAAUCCACCUAUUGGAGUUAGAGAAGGUCAAUGAGCUCUGUAAAGACUUCUGCAACCGUUACAUCACCUGCCUCAAGACCAAGAUGCACAGCGACAACCUCCUCCGUAACGACCUCGGAGGACCCUAUUCUCCGUCACACACCAGUCUCAACAUGCAGCAGGAACUAAUUCAGACCUCCUCUCCAUCCAUGACCUCUGUCUCCAGCUCUGUUAACUCUUCAGGGAUUGUGGUGCCUGCCGGGGGUCUGCAACAGGGCAAUGUCGCCAUGACUACCAUCAACUCUCAAGUGGUAUCGGGUGGGACCCUGUACCAGCCGGUUGCUAUGGUGACAUCGCAAGGGCAAGUGUUAACGCAGGCGCUGCCGCCGGGAACCAUCCAAAUCCAGAACUCACAGGUAAACGUGGACCUGUCGUCCCUGUUGGACAGUGAAGACAAGAAGUCCAAGAAUAAGAGGGGGGUCUUGCCCAAACAUGCCACCAACAUCAUGCGCUCCUGGCUCUUUCAGCAUCUCAUGCACCCGUACCCAACAGAAGACGAGAAAAGGCAGAUUGCAGCACAAACAAAUCUAACCCUUUUGCAAGUGAACAACUGGUUCAUCAAUGCUCGCCGGCGUAUCCUCCAGCCCAUGUUGGAUGCCAGUAAUCCAGACCCAGCUCCGAAAGCAAAGAAGAUGAAGUCCCAGCACCGUCCAACACAGCGCUUCUGGCCCGACUCCAUUGUGGCUGGAGUUCUGCAGACGCACAGAUCUCAAACAGGAAACAACUCAGACAACCCACUGAGCAUGGACAGCCUCCAUUCACUGUCGUCAGACUCAGCCACCCUGGCCAUGCAGCAAGCCAUGCUGGGAGCAGACGACUCCAUGGACGGCACCGAGGAGGAGGACGAAGAGGAAGAGGAGGAGGAAGAGGAGGAAGGGAUGGAGGAGGAAGAAGAGGAGGAGGAGGGAGAGGAAGACAACGACAGGGGGAGGCAAAUGUCCAGUGUAGGAGGAGGAAGGAGAGAUCUGAGCAUGGAGCACAGAGAGGAACUGGAGUAGCCAAAUAGAGGAAAAGACUAAAUGAACUUUGACCUCAGUUGUCGCCUCAAUACGGCCUCAUACAAACUCAACUAGGACGACUCUAAUGCUAAGUGACUCUUUUAGAGCAUUUAAGGGCAUAUUAAGUUUUCUCCAAACUCAUCAGAGACUCUUCUGCAGAGCCACCAUGGAGUCUAAUCAGACACAAUGAUCAUCAUGAUAAUGAUUUUAGAGGACGGAUAUUAGUUUGAUGAUGAAUAUGUGUUGUUACAUUAAUAUACUAUGUUCUCAUGCAAUGAGCUCUCGAAACAUUUGGAUAGUAGCACAUUUUUUACUCUAUAACUAUCUUGUUAUUUGUGGAAAGAAAUGGCACAGAAACUACAAGGCUGAAAAGAGUAAUGGCAGUUUUAAAUUGAGGACAUUCUUCCCAUUUUAGAGCAACAAUUAAAUAAGUUGAUGAUUACGUUUGGUGCUUUCAGAGAGCCAUGACAUUUUGAAUUCAGGUUGCAGUGAACUGAAAAAGAACAUACUGGACAGGAGAAUUAGGAGUCUUGAGUGGUUGCACAUGCAUCAAAAAAAUCACAAUGCAUAGUGAUCAUUUUUGAAUGUAUGUGUAAAACAUCUAAUUUGGCCAAAUAUUAUGGAACCAUGAAACGAGUUACAAAAAGGGCUGCGGCUUUUUUUAACUGUUCAUUUCAUAUGACUGAAAGUAGUCUCAAUUUGCAACUGACAGUCUACGCUUUAACUUCACAGUUAAUGUGUCAUUUCGCUUCCUAAAAUAAGGGUGAAAAGAAAGGAGAAAAAAAGGUGUAACCCUGUCCAAAUAGCUGCAGAAGUGACUGUAUAUGUUGGCUUCCACUGCUGGGACAUCAUUCACGCCUUUUAAAUGACUCAUAGGUUCUCAGGUCGAACAACACUCUCAUUCGGCAUGUCUCUUCCUCAUGAGUGAAACACUUGACUCAUUGCUGCAGCAAACCUUUUCAAGCAUGACUUUUAAAACAAUCUUAGUUUUUUUUUUAUUAUUAUCCCAUGCGCAAAAAAAAACCUGUAGUAAACUGGUGUAUACUGACUGCACAUAUACAUAGUAUGUAUAUUGGAUUUUUCAUAUGUUUGCAUUCUGGUGUUGAAGGUUUGCAUAUUUAUUCUAUUUUUUGUGAGGCCUCAGAGGGUAGCUCAUGGAACAUGACAAUGACAGUUGCUUAUGCAUUUACUAUAGGUUUUGCAGACUUUCUGAAUAAGCCUAUUGUAUUAGCCGGUGGCCAUGCACAUACUUGACUUCAAUCAUCAACUCUUGCUUGUGUAUUUUUGUGACCUUGGGUGACUGCUAGUCUCUAAAAACUGUCUCACCCACAUCUCAACAUUGAGAGAAAUCAUACAGAGACAACAAAUGACUUUGGAGUCCCCACCUGACAGAGCCAAUGUCAUUUACUGACAAACUUUUUCAAGGAAGAAGACAAUUUUGAGAAAAAUGAAAACGAGAAAGUGAAAAAAAAUCUCAGUAGUGACGUCUCUUUAAAUUUUAUGUGAAGGAUUUUGAAGAAACUGUGAAACAAUUUCAGCUCUCUGUUUUGUGCUAAGCCACACAAAUAGAGUUGCUCGUUUCUAAUGUGAAGAUGUCUAGAAAAAGAAAAACCAUGUUAUAUUGAAUGUUCUGAUUGUUCAUUGUGAAGUAUGUUGCUCAUUAAUAUUCUUUUCUCGAUUGCUUUUUUAAAUGGAUCUUCCAGAGCAAGUGACAGACAAUAGGGAAUAUUUCUAUUCAUUUGUACUCUUUGUUGUCAUAAUCUAUUGUGUUUCAAUAGACCAAUUUUAAUAAUUAAAACAUGUAAAGGUACUGAUUUUGACUUUGUGAUGUGACAGUUCUGAAUAUGUUCCAGGGCCACAGAGUCCAAAACAAUCAGUUUUCAGUUUGAUUAAUGAGAAUAUUUAAAGCAACAUUAUGUAAGUGUUGUUUUUUUGUGUGAUUUGGUGCCCCUACUGUUUCAGAGUGCCCUAAAGAAGAACAGCUGUACACGUGCAUUUGUUAUGAUUAGAACUAUCGUUACGUUAUCAAGAACUAGCAAGUGGACAACUUUGCUAACACAGCCAAACAUUAAGCAAGCACGACAACACAAGACAUAGCAACAUUGCUGACUAGUCCAACAGAAGGAAGGACAGCUCUGUGUCUGUCCUGCAGCCUUUUAUUUCACAAAACUCUUGCCAACGAUCCAGUAGUCUCUUGCUUGGUCACUCUCUUUUUCUCUUCUUAGUUUCCUGUGUCAGCGUCCUCUUCGGUCUCUUUGCCACCAGCAGCAGCAUAAUGUUGCUUGGAAUUUGGGUGGCAAGCUGCCAACGAAGUUAGACACCAACCGACGCAAGAGCACUUACAGAAACGUUAACAAUGAACGAGUGUGUUAUCGAAUAAGUUUGCUAACAUCAACUUGAGAAAUAUAGCUAGCGGCUAAACCUCUGUCUGUGAAAUCUGUGGCUGACUUUGCUCGAGUCGACAACUUUGCUAAAAAAGGAGCAAGAGCAACAACACAAGACACAGCGGGCCAGCUAAUAAGUUAUUACUGACUAGUGCAACAGAAAGAAAGCCAGCUCGGGAUCUGUCCUGCAUCCUUUCAGCUCUUUUACCUCACGCCAACAAGUAAAAGGCAGUCUGAUAUUUACUCUUCAUUCUGUCUUUUUCUCUUCCUCCCUUCCUGGGAUAACGUCUUCUUCAGACUCUUCGCAGCGUCUGCUAUGGUAUCCAUACUGACAAUAGCUUCUUCCAAAGAACUGACAUUCUACAUUCUAUAGUAUUUGCUUGCUGAACAGUUUUGUUGGUGUGAUGUGGUGCCGUAAAGCAUUAUGCCAUUCUUGCGAGAGUUUACUUUUGCAUUUCAUUGUUACAUUGUGCCGUAGAAGGCGCUCCAGACCGGAGUGGCAAUGACAGAGAUGCCUUUCUCUGUAUUACAAGCCAUCAAACCAUCAAAUCAUUUUGAAGCUGUCAUUUUAACAUAAAAUACUACAUAAUGUUGCUUUAAAAAUGAAAAGCACCAAACAAACAAACCAAAAAAUCACUAGACAAUUACCAUGAUCAUUUCCCCUCACCAAAGCCAGGAUCACAAUAGAGCACGGCUUGUGUGUGUGACACUUCCGAACCCCCUCAGGCUCUGCUUUAUUGUAACACAUUUAGUAGUCUAAAUAUUGGUUUAUCUUCCCUCAUUUUCCUGUCACAUAGAUAUGUUGUCUCCCACCUACUGGUUACUGCUCUAGCCUGUGAUUUAACUUUAGAAGACGCCCACCCACAUGCUCUUCCAUCUUCCUACCAUAAAGGAACCCAAAAGAGCGCUCGACCAGAGGCUUUCAACUUCUGAAAUGUGGUAAUCACUCCUGUGAGUUUGCUGCACAUGCUACAUUAAAUUGUUUUUACACGG